CUUAUUGCUAGUGGCUUUAGGGCUGCUGGUUUCUGGUAGCUCUGUUGGGAGCCAGGAAAUAGAAUCAGAAUUACCAUCUGCCUCAGUGAUGAAAAUCUUAUCGGACUCCAGUACAAAUCCUUUUUGCUUCUCCUCUUGGAAUUUCAUCCAUUGAUCCCGUGCAACUGAAUAAAAGCUUUUGACCCAAGUUGUCAAAGAUCCUAUCUGGAUGAGGAAAAGCCUUCACUUUAAGAGUGGACUUGAGCUGAACUAGACCACCUGGGAGGACAGCACAGAUUAUAAGGAACAUGUAGAGAACACCAGUUAGUACUGGGGUAAAGAAAUAUGAAGUGGUUUAUCCCGUAAGAUUUCAUCAUCUACUACACAAAAGAGAAGUCAAAGAGCCAGAGCAGAAGGAGCAAUUUAAAACUGAGUUAAAGUAUAAAAUGACAAUUGACGGGAAAAUUGCAGUGCUUUAUUUGAAAAAAAGCAAGAAUCUCCUUGCACCAGGCUACACGGAAACAUAUUAUAAUUCCACUGGAAAGAAGGUCACCACGAGCCCACAGAUCAUGGAUGACUGUUACUAUCAAGGACAUAUCAUUAACGAAAAAGUUUCUGAUGCUAGCAUCAGCACGUGCAGCGGUCUCAGGGGCUACUUCAGUUGGGGAGAUCAAAGGUACUUCAUUGAACCUUUAAGCCCCACAAAUCAGGAUGGACAGGAGCACGCACUCUUCAAGUAUGAUCCUGGAGAAGAGAUGCCCCACAGCAGCUGUGGGAUGAGUGAUGCGUUAUGGACACAUAGAUCGGAAGAGAAUGUUGCCCCACCUGCCAUCAGAAUGGCUAAAUUGAAUGACCAGAAGGUUCAAGAACACAAGAAAUACAUAGAAUAUUAUUUGGUCCUGGAUAAUGGUGAGUUUAAAAAGUACAAUGAAAAUCCAGAGGAAAUAAGAAAGAGGGUGUUUGAGAUGGCAAAUUACGUCAACAUGCUUUAUAAAAAACUCAAUACUCAUGUGGCCUUAGUUGGCAUGGAAAUCUGGAACGAUAAGGAUAAGAUAGAGAUCAGCCCAAAUGCAAACUUGACCUUGGAAAAGUUUUCUAAAUGGAGGGGGAACGAUCUCCUGAGAAGAAAGCGUCACGACGUCGCUCAGUUAAUCACGGCAACAGAACUUUCUGGAUCGACUGUGGGCCUUGCUUUCAUGUCUACAAUGUGCUCUCCUUAUCAUUCUGUUGGCAUUAUUCAGGACCACAGUGAGAACCUUUUUGGAGUUGCAGGGACAAUGGCUCAUGAAAUGGGCCACAACUUUGGAAUGUUUCAUGACUCCGAAGUUUGUGAAUGCCCUUCUGCAAGAUGUGUGAUGGACAGAGCUCUAAGCAUCCAUGUACCCACAGACUUCAGUUCCUGCAGCCGUGUCAGCUACGAUAAGUUCUUUGAAGAUAAGUUAUCAAAUUGCCUCUCUAAUGUCCCAUUGCCUAAAGAUAUCAUAUCGACCCCAAUCUGUGGGAACCAGAUGGUAGAGAUGGCAGAGGACUGUGAUUGUGGGAGUCCUGAGGAAUGUACCAAUGUUUGCUGUGAUGCUAAAACAUGUAAACUCAAAGCAGGUUCUCAAUGUGCAUUAGGAGAAUGCUGUGAAAAAUGCCAAUUUAAAAAGGCCGGGACGGUGUGCAGAUCCGCGAAAGAUGAGUGCGACCUGCCUGAAAUGUGCGAUGGUAAAUCUGGUCCUUGUCCUGAUGAUAGAUUCCAUGUCAAUGGCUUCCCUUGCCAAAACGGAAGGGGCUACUGCUUCAUGGGGAUGUGCCCCACACUGCAGGAGCAGUGCAAUGAGCUCUGGGGCCCAGAAACCAAGGUUGCAGCCAAGUCAUGUUAUAACGUGAAUGAAGGUGGAUCAAAGUAUGGGUAUUGUCGCAAAGUGAACAACACGCUCAUUCACUGCAAAGCAAAUGAUUCUAUGUGUGGAAAGUUGUUCUGUGAAGGUGGGGCAGAUAAUGUGCCCUGGGGGGGACGUAUAAUAAGUUUCCUGACAUGUAAGACAUUUGAACCUGAAGACACAAGUCAAGACAUAGGCAUGGUGGCCAACGGGACUAAGUGUGGCCACAACAAGGUUUGCAUUAACGCAGAAUGUGUGGAUGUGGAGAGAGCCUACAAAUCACACAAUUGUUCAUCUAAGUGCAAAGGACAUGCUGUAUGUGACCAUGAGCUCCAGUGUCAAUGCAAAGAAGGAUGGGCCCCUCCUGACUGUGGUGACUCCUCGACCAUCUUCCACUUCUCCAUUGUGGUUGGGGUGCUGUUCCCAGUGGCAGUCAUAUCUGUGGUUGUUGCUAUAGUAAUCUGGCACCAGAACUUGAGAGGAAAGCAGAAGAGAGUUCAGAAGUCGCUGCCCACCACUGGAGCCAGGCCACAUAAACAGAAGAGGAGACUGCAGACAGUGAAGGUUGUUCAACCCCAACAGAUGAGUCAGAUGAAGCUCCCUGUGUCUGAUCUGCCAGUAGAAGGCAAUGAACCUCCCGUUUCUUUUCUAAUUACAAAGCCAGAUUUUCCACCACCACCGAUUCCUACAUCUGUGUCAUCCUCUUUUCUUAACUCAAGUCCCAAAGUAUGAAGUGACAGCUAAGCAAGAAUUGAUGGGUAAAUGGUCAACUUCGAAGAUUGGACAAUCAGGAUAGAAAAUAAAUAUACUGACUUUCUCACCGCUAUUUGUUCUUGAUGGUCAAGGAAGUAAUAUUUUGAAGAGAUUAAAUAAAAUUUUUCCAGAGAGACAUAGAGAAUCUUUGUAUGAAUUGAAAGUUUCUAUUAUCCAUACUCAUAAGAAGGAAGAUGACUCUAAAGAAAUAUUUCUGAAGCUUGCAUCUCUAAUUUCUGAAGCUUGCAUCUCUAAUUGGAUGGUGGUUCUAGACAAUCCUCCUUUUGUGCAGUGAUAUAGACUAAUAUUUGUUAACUAUUUUGAACACUUUGAUUUGCUCAUUUGAUAGGCGGUAAUUUACUCUCUAAUGAAAACAAAACAAAAAAAAAUCACAGGAAACUGGGAAAAACAAGAGAAAAAUUAUACAGUCAUUAUUAAAUUAGUAACAACAUCUUGAUUGUUUUAACCAUUAAUUUGUCAAAUUGGAGUCCCCAGUUAAGAAGAAAAUUAUGUAAACAUACUCUGCUUUGUAUAUCUAUUUCCUGAAUUAUCUUCUGAAAUCCUUAGUAGCUAUCUCGUGAGAUUUUCUACAACUGAGUAAAAGUUAAUUAAUUAAAAAAAAUGAUUUAUCAUAGAUAUUUGUCUAAUUCAGUUACUGUCAGGGCUAAAGUGGACUUCAUUUUCUAACAGAGAAAAUUUUAGUGAAAUAGAUUAAUAGUAUAAACCAGAGCUUGCAAACUGGUGACUUGUAGGCUGUAGGCCAUGUUUGGACUGCAGAUGUAUUUUAUUUG